AUCUCAAGAAUUCCUCACCUCCCCCUCCCUCCGCAGGUCGACUGUGGUGGUCGAGAACAAGAGUGAUAAGGAGCAUGAGGUGGAGGUUGUACUCCGCGCCGACACCAUGCUCUACACGGGCCAGAUCAAGACACAAGUGAAGAAGGAGAGACACGAUAUUAAGUUGGAACCGCAUUCCAAGCAAACGCUGAACCUCGACGUUAGCUUCGACGAGUACUACAGCAAGUUGGCCGACCAGUGCGCCAUGAACCUCGCCUGCCUCGCCAAGGUCAAGGAGACGGAGUUUGAGUACUUCGCCCAAGAUGACUUCCGUUGCAGGAAGCCCGACAUCUGCAUCGAGGUCGACGGAGAACUGAGAGUGGGCCAAGAGAGCAAAUGCACCGCCACCUUCAAGAACCCGCUGCCGAUGGCCCUGACCCGCGGCCGCUUCAUCAUCCAGGGCGCCGGACUCACCCGCGUCCAGUUCGUCAGGCUCAAGGACGCGGUCCCCGUCGGCGGCUGUGCCAAGUGCGAGUUCCUGGUGAAGCCGACCCUCAGCGGCGAGAAGACCGUCAACGUCAUGUUCGACUCGAAGCAGUGGAGGACGUAG